GGUUGGAUGAGAUAGAGCUUAAUAAAGUUAUAAAAAGGUUUUUAAAGUGGAUUACCACCUAUAACAAGUGUUUAAGCUCUGGGUUAAAACCCGGCGACAUCGAUACCUUUUCUAAACUUUCUUUACCGCCCAUCCUUAAAAAGUCUAUCUUUCAUGGCUACAAGCAGUUUUUAAACUUUUGGUUUCAUAAUAUUACGGGGAUAUUCCAUUCUCCUGUAGCUUUUGAUGGCAUAAUUGUUGAUCCUUCUGUUAACAUUGCGGGAUCUUUUAAAGCUCUGUCUAGAGGGCGAGACGGGAGAUACUAUUUAGUCGAGUGGAGACGAUCCACUAAGAUUACGAAACCAGGCGUUGAUCCUAUUCAUUUUGUUACCCUGAAGCCCCCUUUUGAAAAGUACCCACAGAGCCGUUACUACGAGUGUGCUCUUCAUUUAAACUUAUACCGAGCAAUAUUAGAGAAAUCUUAUAAUCUCCUCGUUGAUCGCCUUAUUCUCGUUCAGUUCAACUUAGAAGCGAAAGAUUAUUCGUACUUAUUGACAGAAGUUGAACACAUGCCGGAAGUAGACCAGCUACUACAGCGGCUAUCCUUGCCGCCUCUAAUUAGUAUUAAAAAGUUUUCUCUAAGAGGCGAGGAGGAGAGCGAAGAAACUUCGGAAGAAGGAAGUGAAGAUGAACUUGUUGACGAAAAUAAAGGGAAAUUUGUUCAAAGAAAUUAUGAAAGAUCAAAUGAAAGGAACACUUUUGAUAUUGACGAAAGCGAAGAAACUUCGGAAGAAGUAAGCGAGGAUGAAGAGAGUCAAAGGCAAAUAACGCUCGAAAAUGAAAGCGUCGGGGAUUUUGAAAGAGUUUUUGAAAAAAGUAAAAGUAAAGGAUCAACUAGAAAGAGUACAUAUGAGGAAACUUCGGAAGAAGUAAGUGAAGAUGAAGACAGUCAGAACCACUUAACAAGCGAAGAAGAAAGCGUCGAUAAUUAUGAAAGAGAUAUCAAAAAAAACAAGAAUAAAGGAUCAUUCAGAUCGGUAGAAGUAAGCGAAGCUGGAGAGAAUCAAAAACAGUUAACAAGUGAAGAAGAGAGCGGCUAUGGUUAUGAAAGGGAUUCUAAAAAAAGUAAGAAUAAAGACUUGUUAAAGUUGGAAAGCAGCAGUAAAGGCCAGCCUAGAAAAGUAGAAAAGAUGGCGCCCCGUAAAGUGUAUGCGUGUGAUCAACGUGAAGUAAAUUUCGGAGUCCUUAAGGAAGAUUAUCAGGGAUUUAGAAAAGCGGAGCUAAUUAAGAACAGAUCCAAUGUUAUUAAUUCUAGUGGAAUAGAAAGAGUCAUUCGCAGAAACGUUAAUAGUGAAGUUAAGAAGGAGAGUGAGAACGAAGCAACCGGGAAAAGUAUUAAAAAUUUUGAGUUUAACGAAAAAAAUAAGAAAGUUAAUUCGAAAAUUAGGUCGAAGGUGAACAGUGUAAGUGCUAAUCACGAAAGGAAAAUCUGGAGGGCAACUGGCCGUAAAAUAUAUGUGGGAGAGGAGAGCGUUGAACCGUCUGAAGGAGAGUACGAGAGAGAAGGGAAAAAGGGAGUUUUAAACGAGAAUCGUGUUGAUCUUGUUACUCGAAAAAUACGGAGCGUCGUAAGUUGUGAAAAAGAUGUUAAAGAUGAAAGUGAAGAAGAAGUGAACAGCGCUAAAGAUUUCGUAGAAGAAUAUGAAAGUAUAAGGAAGAUAGAGAAAUUAAAGAAGAAUAACUUGAAAGAUAAUGUGAAAAUGGUUAUUAGCAACAAAUAUGAGGACGACGACGAAUCAAAAAGUGUUAUUAGAGUAAACCAAGAAAACUGGGCUCGUGAUUUAGAGGAAAAGAAUAGAAAUUUUAGAAAAAAGCAGAAACUUAAAACUGUGUAUAUCGGCGUAAGUAGCAAAGAUGAAGUGAUUGGUUCUCAAGGAAGUGUUAAAAUUCAGAGUGAUAAAGAGAGUAUAAAUAACUCUACUAAAUCACAGCAACUCUUUUUACGAGAAAAAAAGAAGGCUAUAGAGCCCGAGGAAGUUCAUGAAAACGUCAAAAUGAAAAGAUUUAUAAAAAAGGAAAGAGAAGGAAUUAUUAAGCCAGAGAGGAAAGAGGAUAACAUUUGUAAAAAAAAUAAAGAUAAGUAUGAAAGACAACGGGAAAAGGUUAACUUUGAACGAGUGCACAAAGUUAUAAACUUAAAUAUCCAAAGGAAAAUCGUUAGCAGUAAAAAAAUUUAUAGUAAAGGUAAAAGAGAUAAAAGAGGCAAUAUAAGUAAUAACGCUCCUACUAAAAAGCCUUUAUUACAACUAAAUGAGAGCACCGACUUUGUAAAAGGACACAUUGAAGAUCGUGGAAGAAUAAAUAAUUUGAGAAAGAAUGCUUAUAUAACAUGCGAGGAAGAUGAUAGCGGUGUUGAAAAAAAGAACACUGACGAGCCAAAUUAUGAUUCAGAUGUGAAUAGUUACACUGAAGUGCGGUCUCGGAAAAGUGAAGAAGAAAAGGGAAUGAAAAAUAAAGGAAAGAUAGUGCAUAGGGAAGGAAAAGCUUGGAUGAACAGCUUCUUUGAAGGUAAUAAUAGAAGAGAAGAGGGCACUGAUGAGCCGGAUGAGGAUCUUUAUAAAAAAGGAAAAGUUUGUGCGAAUGAGAGUGAUGAUGUCAAAAAAGAACGUUAUAAAGGAUCUGAUGGGGAGCGAGAUGAUAUAUUUAGUUAUGCAAAUGAAGAAAGCAAAAUUGAAAAAACAGUGAAAAAUAGAGAAAAACUAGUGGUUGGGAGUCGCUUUUAUGGAAGUAAUGCUAAUAAAGAAAGUACUGAUGAAUCUAAUGAGGAGCAGGAGAAUCUGAUUCAUAAUAAAAAAGGACAAUUGCUGUAUCAGGAGAGUGAGGAUAAAAGCGAAGAUAAUAGUGGGGGUAUGCCAAGCAGCGAGAGUGAAAAAGAAGGAAUGAAUAGCGUCCAUGCAUCUGGACAAGAGUAUGUAAGAGCAAGAGUUCAGCAAAUAGCAAAGACGAAAGUUGAACCAAAAGAUAAAGUUAAUUUGCAUGAACUUGACUUUAAAUUUGGAGAACUUACUAUUACUGAUACUGAAAAUAAUAAGUUUGUUAUUAAGGAAAACGCAGAAACGUGUAACUCAUAUACGAAUGAGGAUUUUAUUGUAGAAGAAAAUAAAUUUAGCAUGGGUCGCUUUGAUAAUAAGGAAAACGAGGACGUUAUUGUAGGGAAGAAAGAAUUUUUAAGUAAGGGAAAUCUUUUAUUAUCCAGUUCUGCACGGGAUGCAUUAAGUAGUCCCUGCAGCCCUAAGAAUUGUACAGAUAACAAAUGUAAUACUCAGGUUAUAGAUAUUGAUAACGAGGAUGAGGACAGUGAAGAGCCCUUAGAAAGUGAGGAUUGUGCAGAGGAUAGUGAAUUUGAGGAGGAAGAUGACGAGGAAGAUGAGAGCGAAGAUAGUGAUGAUGAUGAGGGAAGUGAACGGACUGAGGAAGAUGACGAUGUGGGUUAAACUGUUUGUGGUAUGAUGAGAGAA